GUAGGCUUACCUUGGUGACUAUUUCUCUCUGGGUGAUUUGAUUGGUCGUAGGCCAACAUUGGCUUCUCUUGAUUUCCUAUAGGAUUUGUUUUGCCCCUGGCUUCCAUUGAAAGGCAUAGUUCGAUGUGGUACUGAAAUGUGGCUAGUUUAUCGUCACAGCAGAUUGCCCAGUAUAUUAGCAUCUCACAAAAUGCUUUCACCAUCACUCGGUGCUCCUAAAACGGUUGUAAUUCAACAUACUGGAGCUAGACCUAGGCUAUGUGAUCAAUCUGAAGGAAAAUAGAUUGAGAUAAAAAUGUAAGCACGAUGAGCACGCCUGUAUUAGUGAGGCUAGGCUUUGCGUGAAGUAAUGCUGUGAAUAAUCAGACUGCGUUUCUAUUUUUAACUCAUCUCCUCUUUAGCGGUCUUUGCCUCUCAUCCUCAGGUGAAGGCUGAGGGAUAGGUGAAUGGUGUGAGCAUGGUGUGUAGCAGGGACAUAUCUCGUUACUACGGAACUGAGGAAUGCUGGGAUUUGAUGCAGUUAUAAGUCAAAGAUGAGCUUGAGGUGCUGAAGCAUCUGCAAGGAAGCAUUGAAGAAGAAACCCCAGAUUCCCAAGGACAGAUUGAAAUCCUAGAGAGACUCAAAGGCCUUCACCCCCCACCCCUGUCCUGGUGUGCAGAGAUGAGCCUGGACCCGAGCAACUUUCCCGGGGUGAAGCUGCGGCCCAAGCCCGGUAUGCAGGCCUCUGGAUCGGGCUGCUCCGCCGACAGCAGCCCCAGCCCCAGCCCCAGUCCCAUGGGCUCCUUCUCCAGGAGAGGCGCUCCCUCAGCGGGCCGAGACAGCGCUGGAUACCUGGAGGAGAUGGAGAAGGAAAGGUCACUAUUGAUGGCUGAGCUGGAAAAGGAGGAGAAGGAAAAAGACUGGUAUUACGCCCAGUUGCAAAACCUUACCAAAAGAAUCGACAGUUUGCCCUUGACUGAGAAUUUCUCCCUGCAGACAGACAUGACCCGGCGACAGCUGGAGUACGAAGCACGGCAGAUCCGAGCCGCCAUGGAGCAGCAGCUGGGCACGUGCCAGGACAUGGAGAAGAGGGCUCAGGGGCGGGUGGCACGUAUCCAGCAGAUCGAGAAAGACAUGCUGAUGAUUCGCCAGCACCUGCAGUCCCAGCCAACAGAGCCUGAGGUCAAGCAUGAGACGGUCGGUCCUGGAGAAGGAGCGCAAACAUCAGCUGAUUCCGGGGUUGGGAAUGCAGGCUGCGCUCAGGCCUCUAGCUCUCGGCUGGACCACGAGUCGGGCAGCGAAAUGAGCUGUGGGGGAAGCUACUCGGUCCCCCGCCGCCUAACAAGCCAUCUGGGCACCAAGGUGGAGAUGGUGUACUCGCUGCUCUCCAUGUUGGGUACGCACGAUAAGGACGACAUGUCGCGGACGCUCCUGGCCAUGUCUAGCUCCCAGGACAGCUGCAUCGCCAUGCGACAGUCCGGCUGCCUGCCGCUGCUCAUCCAGCUCCUCCACGGCAACGACAAGGACUCAGUGUUGCUGGGCAACUCUCGAGGCAGCAAGGAGGCACGUGCGCGGGCCAGCGCGGCACUGCACAACAUCAUCCACUCGCAGCCGGACGACAAGCGCGGGCGGCGGGAGAUCCGCGUGCUGCACCUCCUGGAGCAGAUCCGUGCCUACUGCGAGACAUGCUGGGAGUGGCAGGAGAUCCACGAGCGCGGCGUCGACCAGGACAAGAACCCCAUGCCUUCUCCAGUGGAACAUCAGAUUUGCCCUGCAGUCUGUGUUCUCAUGAAGCUCUCCUUUGACGAGGAGCACAGACAUGCUAUGAAUGAACUGGGUGGACUUCAAGCCAUAGCGGAGCUGCUGCAGGUUGACUGCGAGAUCUAUGGGUUAACCAGUGACCACUACAGUGUGACACUAAGGAGAUAUGCUGGCAUGGCCCUUACUAACCUCACAUUUGGGGAUGUGGCGAAUAAGGCCACGCUGUGCUCCAUGAAGGGCUGCAUGAGAGCCAUGGUGGCUCAGCUGAAGUCAGAGAGUGAAGAUCUACAGCAGGUAAUCGCCAGUGUGUUGCGUAAUCUGUCAUGGCGUGCGGACGUGAACAGUAAGAAGACUCUGCGGGAGGUGGGCAGCGUGAGGGCUCUGAUGGAAUGUGCCCUGGAGGUGCACAAGGAGUCGACUCUAAAGAGUGUUCUGAGUGCCCUGUGGAACCUGUCUGCUCACUGUACCGAGAACAAGGCUGACAUCUGUGCAGUCGAUGGGGCGCUUGCUUUUCUAGUUGGCACACUAACGCACCGGAGUCAAACCAAUACACUUGCCAUCAUUGAGAGUGGAGGCGGAAUCCUGAGGAAUGUCUCUAGUCUCAUUGCUACAAAUGAAGAUCACAGACAAAUCUUGCGCGAGAACAGCUGCCUGCAAACCCUUCUUCAGCACCUGAAGUCUCACAGCUUGACCAUCGUCAGCAACGCUUGUGGAACCCUGUGGAACCUGUCUGCCCGGAAUGCCAAGGAUCAGGAGACGCUGUGGGAUAUGGGUGCUGUGAGCAUGCUGAAGAACCUCAUCCACUCCAAGCACAAAAUGAUCGCCAUGGGAAGUGCUGCCGCUCUGAGGAACCUCAUGGCCAACAGACCAGCCAAGUACAAGGAUGCAAACAUCAUGUCUCCUGGCUCCAGUCUGCCUUCCCUGCAUGUCAGGAAACAGAAAGCUCUCAUUGAAGAGCUUGAUGCACAGCAUCUCUCUGAGACAUUUGACAACAUCGAUAACCUGAGCCCCAAGGCAUCUCACAGGAACAAGCCCCGACACAAACACGCUGUUUACGGGGACUACGAUGGUGUCUGCCGGUCCGAUGGGUAUAACCCCAAUGGAGUGGGCAUGCGUUCCCCAUACAUGAACACCCCAGUACUGUCCAGUCCUUCAUCGCGUGAUAAUAGGGGGAAUGGCGAAGGCAUUCGAGCGGAGAGGGACAGGAGUCUGGACAGGGAGCGGAGAGGGGUGGCAGGGGGAUUCCACUCCGACCCUGAUGCUGCUAAACGAAUGGGGGUUCAGAUUCCCACCACCUCAGCCCAGAUUGCUAUGGUCAUGGAGGAAGUGCAAGCCAUGCACCUGAGCAUGGAUGACCGGAAUGUAGGGUCAACCCCUGAUCCACACUGCGUUCAGGAUGACAUGAGUGGUGUCAGACGCGCCACAGCUGUCCACGGUCACACUAAUGUCUACUACACCAAGACAGACAACUCUGGUAGAGCCUGUCCAAUGCCUAAGCUUGAGUACCGGGCCUCCAAUGACAGCCUAAACAGUGUCAACAGCACAGAUGGUUAUGGCAAAAGGGGGCAAAUGAAGCCGUCUGUAGACUCGUACUCGGAGGACGACAGCAAAUGCUGCGUCUACAGGAAGUAUCCUGCUGACCUCGCCCACAAGAUCCACAAUGCCAACCACAUGGAGGACAACGAUGGAGAUCUUGAUACCCCCAUUAACUACAGUCUGAAGUACUCUGACGAACAACUGAACUCUGGGAGGCAGAGCCCAACCCAGAAUGAGCGGUGGGCACGGCCUAAGCACAUGGAGGAGGACCUGAAGAGACCCGAUCAGAAACCCGCCCGAUCCCAAAGCCCAGGAUACCCUAUGUACACUGAGGGCAACAGUGAGGGGGAGGAGAAGCUGAAGAAGUACCAGCCAAGGUUUGUUCAGUCAGAGAUGGCUGGUGGUUUCAGGUCUCGAGGUCCUAGUAGCACUGAACAAAGUGGUGGUGGGUCAUCUCAAGCCUUGAAUAAGAAAAUGAACCCGCCCAUGUGUUCUGUUGACGAUUAUGGUGAUGACAAGCCAACCAAUUACAGUGAAAGAUAUUCAGAGGAGGAGCAAUCUGAUGAGCAGCCAACCAAUUACAGCAUGAAAUACUCAGAAGACCACCAUAUAGAGCAACCAAUUGAUUACAGUCUUAAAUACUCUGAGAGUGCCUCCAAGAAGCCCAUGUUCAUCCACUCAAAGCCUCCCUCUGCACAAAGUUCUGCCAAAGACCAUCAGGACAGCUCAUCAUCUGUUACCUCCAAUAAAAACGCAGGGAGACAGAAGCAGCCCCACCCUUCAUCUGGUCAAACACGAUCUGGACCAACACGUGUAAUUCAGAAGAACUCAACAUGCAAGGCCCCUACAAUCAACCAGGAAACACUACAGACUUAUUGUGUGGAGGACACCCCAAUUUGCUUCUCCAGGGGCAGUUCGUUGUCAUCUUUGUCCUCUGAUGAGGAUGAAAUGGACGGCUGUAAGAGAAAUGUGAGUAGUAAUUACCCCACCCUACCCAUCACAGAGAAAGAACCAGGAAACAACCUGUCUUCUGACCAGCGUACAACAGAAAGUCAACCAACUGUUCAGUAUGUCAGAGUGAAGCCUCCAAGGCAACAGACUCACGUUGGACAUGAAGGAUCCAGGCAUCACAAAGCAGUUGAAUUCUCAUCUGGAGCAAAGUCGCCCUCCAAAAGUGGAGCUCAGACUCCUAAGAGUCCCCCAGAACACUACUUGCAGGAAACGCCCCUUAUGUUCAGCCGCUGCACCUCUGUGAGUUCCCUUGACAGCUUCGAGAGUCACUCUAUUGCCAGUUCUGUGCAGAGUGAGCCAUGCAGCGAUAUGGUCAGUGGAAUCAUCAGCCCCAGUGAUCUGCCGGACAGUCCUGGCCAAACCAUGCCACCCAGCCGCAGCAAGACCCCACCACCUCCCCAGCCCCACACUGAGCAGAUCAAACAGAAAAUGAAAGUGGCUCCUCAUUCUGACAAGCGGGAUUUUGCUCCGAAGCACGCUGCUGUAAAUGCUGCCAUUCAUAAGGUUCAGGUGCUCCCUGACAAUGACACGCUUCUGCACUUUGCCACUGAGAGCACCCCAGAUGGAUUCUCUUGCUCCUCAAGCCUCAGUGCACUGAGCAUGGAUGAACCCUACAUUCAGAAGGAUGUAGAACUCAAGAUAAUGCCCCCUGUUCAUGAAGACGACCAUGGCAGCGAAGCAGAUCAUGAGAUGGAAGACUCUACGGAACCUCAGAGCUUUGAAAAACCUGCUCCAUCGUGCGAAGUAGAUAAAGAUAUAUUGGAUGAUUCUGAUGAUGAUGAUAUAGAAAUUCUAGAGGCUUGUAUAAACUCGGCAAUGCCAACAAAGUCAUCAGGAAAGCACAAGAAACAGGCACCAUCAGGCACUUCAAGAAUACCUCCACCCGUGGCCCGCAAACCAAGCCAACUUCCGGUCUACAAGUUACUUCCCACGCAAAACCGAGGACAGCAACAGAAACACGUGGCAAUGGCACAUGGAGAGGACAUGCCACGCAUUUAUUGCGUGGAGGGAACUCCCAUUAAUUUCUCAACAGCCACGUCGCUGAGUGACCUCACCAUUGAUUCCCCUCCAAAUGAGCUGGCCAGUGCUGAACCUCCUGCAGCACGUGUAGAGCCAUCCUCUCAGAGGCGAGACACCAUCCCAGAAGGGAAAAGUGCAGAGAGCAAAGUCACUGGAGCGUCAUCGGCACCGCCGGCUGCCUCCAUUGAGAAUGAAGGAGAUGAUAUUCUUGCAGAGUGUAUAAAUUCGGCUAUGCCAAAAGGAAAAACUCACAAGCCUUUCAGAGUUCAGAAAAUGUCUGAUCCUCCUCAGCAUCCUGUGACCGCUCCUAGUUCUCUAGUUCAACAGGAUUUCGAGAAGAAGAAGCCGACGUCUCCCGUAAAGCCAAUGCCACAGAGUAGCGAGUACAGGGCCCGCAUGCUGAAAAGGCCAGAGGCAUCCAGUGGUUUCUCAGAAGCCUCGCCAUAUGCUGACAAAACUAAGGAAACCAAAAAAUCUGAUUCCAGAGGGGCCUCAGCGGAGUCUCAAAGAGAGGAGAGAACACGCCCUGGCUACACAUUUGAUUCUCCACACAAUUACACACCCAUAGAAGGGACACCAUACUGCUUCUCGCGUAAUGAUUCCUUGAGCUCUCUUGACUUUGAGGAUGAUGAUCUUGACCUCUCUAAAGAAAAGGCUGAACUCAGAAAAGACAAAGAUCCAAGAAAGGUUCCAGCAAAAAGCCAUGCAGAACGGCAGCAGCAGCAGCAGCAGCAGCAGCAGCAGCAACCUGUGAAUACAAACAGGGCCACUGCAUUCCAGGCCCCUCCAACAAAGCCUGUACAGAAACCAUCAGUUUUCCCACAAGCAUCCAAAGAAAAUGCUGGACCUGUGCCUGAUGAGAGGCAAAAGUUUUCCAUUGAGGACACACCUGUGUGUUUUUCCAGGAAUUCUUCGCUUAGUUCCCUGAGUGACAUUGACCAAGAAAACAACAACAAAGAUCUGCAGUCUAAAGAGGAAACAACUCAGGUGGAAGCCCCUAGGCCACAGGCUGGCUAUGCACCAAAAGCCUUCCAUGUAGAAGACACUCCUGUAUGUUUUUCAAGAAAUAGUUCUCUUAGUUCCCUUAGUAUUGACUCAGAGGAUGACCUUCUUCAAGAGUGCAUCAGCUCUGCAAUGCCAAAAAAGAAGAAACAGACACCAAGAAACAAGGGAGAUGACCAGAGUGUCAGUGAUGAGAGAACUGUUAUAGCAGAAGGCAUCAUGGCCGAAGAACCGGAUCUCAUAUUAGAUCUUACAGAUACACACAGCCCCAUUUCAGAGCAAGCCAUGUCUCCUGACUCGGAGUCAUUCGAUUGGAAGGCUAUACAAGAGGGAGCUAAUUCAAUUGUGAGUAGUUUGCACCAGGCAGCUGCUAGUCUGUCAAGGCAAGGCUCCUCUGACUCUGAUUCAAUCCUCUCCCUAAAAUCUGGUAUCUCCAUUGGAUCUCCUCUCCACCUCCCCUCCAAUACAGAUGAUCACAAACCAGUCAUAAGCAAGGGAGGACCGAGAAUAGUAAAACCUGGUGAGAAAGGCACUAUUGAAUCGAAAAAGAAGGAAGAAGAAGCUAAAGCCAUGAAAGGUGGUAAGAAGGUCUACAAAAGUCUCAUCACAGGCAAGCCACGCCCCAGUCAUGAUACCGUCUCCUCUCAGAGACCUGUUCCUGUGAUGUCCAGAGGGAGAACAAUGACUCACAUACCUGGUGUUAGGAGCAGCUCUCCCAGCACCAGCCCGGUGCCAAAAAAGCCCCCUCCUCGUGGCCAAGUGUCAAAGCCCCUCUCCCAAGGACCAAACUCUGGGAACUCACCAAGGGUAAUAAAACCCCCAGCCAAAUCAGACCCGAGUCCAGCCAGAGAGCCACCAGGCUCUCAAGGCGGUUCAAGUAAAGGCUCCUCACGGUCUGGAUCCAGAGAUUCCACACCGUCCAGACCCCCUCCACAGUCUUUGACCAGACCCAUGCAGUCUCCCGGUCGAACAUCUGUUUCUGUCUCCCCGGGAAGGAAUGGAUUGACCCCACCUAACAAGUUAUCCCAGUUACCACGCACUGCCUCUCCAAAUACAGCCUCUGCUAAAUCGGGCACAGGCCGCAUGGCAUACACAUCCCCCGGGCGACCGAUGGGCCAGCAGACGCAAAACAAACAAAUGGGAGUGCCAAGAAGUGCCAGUGGAAUUCCUCGGAGUGAGUCUGCCUCUAAAAGCCUCAACCAAUGUGGAGCUUCUGGAACCUCAAAAAAGGUAGAGCUUUCCAGAAUGUCCUCUACUAAGUCUAGUGGUAGUGAGUCUGAUAGAUCUGAGAAACCCGGCCUUGUCCGUCAGUCCACAUUCAUCAAAGAGGCCCCUAGUCCAACACUAAAAAGGAAGCUGGAAGAGUCUGCCUCCUUUGAAUCCCUGUCCCCCUCUUCACCAAGUAUGUCCCAGUCACAAACACCAGUGUCUAGCCCCUCUUUACCUGAUAUGUCUCUAACUCUGCCCUAUCAAGGUAGUGGAUGGAGGAAGUCCCCGAACAGUCAGAACUCCUCUGAAAACGGAGAUGGGAAAUCUCUCAAGAGGCAAGACAUUGCACGGUCUCAUUCCGAGAGCCCUUCUAGAGCACCCAUAAACAGAACGGGAACCUGGAAAAGGGAAAACAGUAAGCACUCCUCUUCCCUCCCAAGAGUUGGCACGUGGAAAAGAACCGGUAGCUCCUCCUCCAUUCUCUCUGCUUCGUCAGAAUCGAGUGAAAAGGGUCGAAGUGAGGAUGAAAGGCAGUCAGCAAGCUCAGCCCAAAGAACAGCACAGGGUAAAGAGGGUGCCCCUUUAAAAGGAACUUGGAGGAAGAUGAAGGAGAGUGAUGGAGCUCACUCCAUGACAUUAGAUCUUCCAGAUCCAGGGUCAGACACAGGAUCCACAGCCUCGGGGCAUCAGAGUGCAACAGGUGCAUCAAAGAGUGAGGAUGUCUGGGUGCGAAUUGAAGACUGCCCCAUAAACAAUCCCAGGUCAGCAAAGUCACCCACAGCUAACACACCCCCUGUUAUCGACUCUGCUCCUGCCAAAAUGCCGCCCUCUGAGCCCAGUGAAAUCCAUCCUAAACAACCCAGUGUCAGCGACAACGCAAAUUCCCGACGACUCGGGUCAGAGACGAACCUCAACCUGUUCCGGAGCAGCGAGAGUCUAGACAGAAAAGGCGCGGAGAUCAUCAAGCCUGCUCCCAGCAACCCCAACAUUGCCAACGAGAGCUACGAAGUCCCAGUUGCCACUGAACGAACCCCCUUUAGUUCCUGUAACUCCAGCAAGCACAGCUCUCCUAGUGGGACAGUGGCUGCCAGAGUCAGCCCUUUUAACUACACCCCCAGCCCUAGGAAGAGCAGUGCAGACAGCAUCACCCCCCGACCCUCUCAGAUCCCCACACCUGUGACUAGCGGUGUGAAGAAGAGAGACUCAAAAGGGGACACUACAGAGAGUGGCUCUUAUAUUGUCACUUCUGUCUAAGCACCUUAGACAGUAUCGAAACUGAAGACUGGGGUACCUUGGGAGCCCCCACAAGCUCUUGCCUCACCUGAAACAGACGAAGCACUGUUCUUGACUUGAGAGUGGAAAAAUUAAGCUGUUGUGUAGUUGUAGGCCUGACUGACGGCUCUGUGUUCUUUGAUGGUAGAAUUGUGACUGGCACACUUGGUUAGAAACCAAGAAACUCAGAGACUUUGUCGAACAAAACUAUGUGAAUUUAUACUGUACAGAUUUUAAUUAUGUAUAUAUUUAAUUUAAACCCCUAUCGAGAUUAUGUAUCUUGCCUGACUUGACAAAGAUAAUCACUUAAAAGUUGCAUAUUUGGGACACUUGUGAUGGGCUUAAGUAAUAUUGCUUUUGAUUUCAAAACUUUAAACCUGUAUAGGCCUGUAUAAAGUCAAAAGCAUUUCCAUAUUGCAGCUUCAAAUGUAUGACCACCUUCCCAGCCCCCUCCUUGCAUGAAGCGACCUGGUGGUGUAUUUUCUGAAGUGAAGAUGAGCAUUUCUGUGGUCACUUUGACAUGUAUUGGUAGCUGUAGUGUAACAAUUUUACACUUUUACUCUUGUGCUCUGAAAGCAAGGACUUUAUUGUAAUGUUUUGAAUGAGGAUGUUUACGUGGGUCAUAGAUGAUAUCAAAUGUAGGUAGAUCCAUUACUCUGCUGUUUGUCGUAUAAUGUUACCAGGUGACUUGGGUGUAUUUUUUUUAUUUUUGUUUUAUAAUUUCAGACCAUCUCUAAAGGACUACAUUUGAAAAUUAAACAAUUCCUGUAGGUUCUGUUGUUGGUUCUGCUUUUUUUUUUAAAGAUCCUUUUACUUCAACAUUGCCCCAUAAAACAGUAUUUACGUAAGCACACAGCUGGAUGAAAUUUUCUUUUGGAAAAACAAAGAAUACACUGUUUGAAUGAUCAUGUUUGUUUUUGUUUUUCUCACGCAAUAAAGUUGGUUGAUGGGUAUUUAAAAUUAAGCAUUUAAAUUUACAAAUUGUAAAGCCACAUAAUAAACGUUAACAUUUGGUGCAUUGUG